CGCCACCGCCAUCACAGCUCGGUGGUAAGAGAAAGCUGCUCAGAGCUUCAUAAAAGGACGGCCUGUAGUCACACAUUUUACUGAAAGCAAGACAUUUUACCCUAAAGGUCGUGUAUUUAUCGUGAGGGGCGAAGGUCGUGACAGCCCAAACUGAUCCCAGCCCUCAGUGUGAAACCUCAGACGACUGCACACAGACGCUAUGGAUCGCUCACCCACCACCGCCAGCCUCAUGGCCAGCAACGUCACCAACAAGACGGACCAGCGCUCCCUGAACUCCCGGGUGUUCAUCGGGAACCUCAACACCCUGCUGGUCACCAAGGCCGACGUGGAGUCCAUCUUCGCCAAAUACGGCAAGAUCGUUGGCUGCUCCGUGCACAAGGGAUACGCCUUCGUCCAGUUUCUCAAUGAGAGGACGGCGCGCUCUGCUGUCGACGGAGAGGACGGGAGGAUGAUCGUCGGCCAAGUUCUCGACAUCAACCUGGCUGGAGAACCCAAACCACACAGUAGUUCCUCCUUCGAACUCGACUAUGACUUUCAGAGAGAUUAUUACGACAGAAUGUACUCGUACCCGUCCCGUGUUCCCGCUCCUCCCCCCCCCUUGUCGCGGGCCGUGAUCCCGUCCAAGCGUCCGCGGGUCAGCCUGAGCGGAGGAAGCAGCCGGCGGACGAAGAGCAGCUUCUCCUCUUCCUCCAAGAGCAGCCAGAGGACAUCCUCGUCCAGAACAAUGAAAGUGGACGAGCUGCAGACCAUCAAACGGGAGUUGUCUCAAAUCAAAAGCAAAGUGGACGACCUGCUGGAGAGCCUGGACAGCAUGGAUAAGGACCACGGCAAGAAGUCGGGUAUGCAGAGGAAACACACUAAGAGUAUGAAAACGGAGCCAGGCGAGGUCACUUCACCGCCACACCCGAGCAGCAAGAAGGUGGACGGGCUGAAGAGGAAGGGGGACAUCCAGGACAUAAACGACUCUGACGAGGAUGAAGACGACGAGGGAGACAUGCUGGAAGAGGAAGAGGUGAAGAGUCAAGAGAGGGAUGACGAUGAUGAGGAAGAGGAAGGCGAGCACAUUGAAGAUGAUGAUGGCGACAGUGUGAACGGUGAAGAUGACUCGUAGACCUCACUUUCCACCGAAGCAUAGGAACUCGGACUCCUAUUUUAACACUCAUGUUGUAGAUAUGAAAUGCAAACGGUGCACACACACAAGCAUGGUGCACACACACUCUGUUGUCCCGGUGUCCCAAAGUCGAUUUUGUUUAUUUUGUCCAGUGUUGCUGUAACAGGAAAUAACUAGCUGUAGAUCCAGUCUGUUUUUACUGCGUCGGUAUUGUCUCCGGGAGAAGAAGGAAACACGGACUGUAAAUGUUCUCAGAGACGACAGCUCGACGGACAUGUCUUAACGCAAGAGGACAACAAUUCAGCUACGAAAGACCGCUUUUAUUAAGUUCAAUGUGUUUUGGUUGUGUCAUCAUCAGUGAGUUUGUUUGACCUUGUGUGUCUGUAUGUUAAUGUCAGUUUUUUUUAUACUAUUCAGUUUAACUGUAAAGGAAUAAAUUGCAAUAAAAUAUUAAAAUGUAGAUCGUU